GGCUCAUUGUCAUUGCUAGACUGAUAAUGACUGCACCGCUUGCUCGUCUGGUUGCUAUGAUGACUGCAUCCACGACAGCCAAUUCUACAGCAAGCAGCAACUCUGUUCCAGCUUCUACUUCUGCACAAUCAACAUCCAAUACUGCUACAAUGAGCUGUGGGAGCAUUGCAAUGCAUUCAGAUAUCAGUGCUCAACUGCAAUCGCAGAAACAACAGAUGGCUGAUGAAACACACUUGCGGUCAUCGUCUGUCAAGUAUUCACAGACUCAGACCAUACACCACUUGUCGGCAGAACAUCCACAUCCUCAAGCUCAACCACAGCAGUUGCAUAUGAACAGAGAUGCUAGUAAACGACGGUCUUGGGCAGGCAACUUGGGCUUGAAUAUUGUGGAUCUGUUGUUAGGACCUGCAGCAAGUGCACAUCUGGCUCAACCGUCCAUGGUAUUCUCCACUUGCCAUGUUCCAGGUGAAGCUUUGAAUCCAACACCCAUCAUGAAAACUACCAACUGCUUACCAGAUAGUUGCUCUAAUCACCAUGCUGCCGAACAGACAUUGCUUCAUGGAAAGGACAAGCAUAUACUUAUCCGUCGAUUAUCCCAUCCAGAUUGCAUUGCAUCUGUGCCAAAACUCAUGUCUUCCAUAUCACCCGAUGAUCCUUCACCCCUUAUCCUACUGACCAAUGCAUCAGCCGAAUCUAUAUCUGCUCAAGCCCAAUACACGCAUCCGACAGUUGCAUCUAGUAGUAAUGAUGCGGCUUUUGGUGCAAAGAUAGAAACUGUACGAACCACAUCUACCAAGACCAUCUGUGCGCAGAGUCUAACUACUCCAGCAUCGUUUGAUGGUGCCUGUCUGUCUGUCACGACUACCGUCCAAUCAGAUGCAGUCAAAAAAAGUUUGUCUAGUCCCACAUCUACUCUUGCUGAUGGGUUAGCACGUAAUCAACCCAAGGAAAAACUACAAAUCCAGGUCCCAUCAGCACAAGAUGAAGCUGCAUUGCUUCAUGAAACUGAUUGUCUAAUACAACCACUCAAUAUUCCCGCUCGAUCUCCCUUGCACCAACAUUCCCACCAACAGCGCUCUCAGACUACUUCGUCCAUUGCCGAGAUUGAACUUAGUGGAUACCACCUACUCCCAGAAUUUUUGGAAAGAUACUCUUUGAUAGGAGAGUUGGGACAUGGGGCCACUGGUUUUGUUAUGGUUGCUGAACGUAUCGAAGAUGGCGAGCAAGUUGCUGUCAAGUUUCUUUACAAGAAUCGUAUUCCAGUCACCAGUUGGAAGCGAGAUCGUUCGAUUGGGUUUAUUCCUCUUGAGGCCUUUCUUCUCAGGCGUAUCUCUCAUCCAAAUGUCAUUCAGUUUUUGGAUAUUUUCGAAGAUGCAAAGUAUUGCUAUUUGAUCAUGGAGAUGCAUGGCACACAAUGGAAAAACAGCCACAUACAACCCGACAUUGAACCUUCUUCAAUGACUUAUCGCCAGCAUCGCCAUUCUACCAAUCCAUUCCAACAUUGCCCAACUACUCCCACAUAUACUGCAGAUGUUGCAUCGCCUCUGAUUGCGCAGACUACACCUCCUGCCAUAGAUAUUCCCUACUUUCAACCACAUAUACCACCCACUUCUUUUGUAUCUCCUGCACCUCACUCUCAACUUUCAAUCACCGCUCGACAACAUACUCGACACUCGUCUCUCGAUCUGUUCGAGUACAUUGAAAACAACCCUUUUUUUGCAGAACGCAAGAUCCGUCAUAUUUUCCUUCAAGUUGCCCAGGCCGUCUGCUACCUACAUCAAAACAAUAUUGUUCAUAAUGACAUCAAAGAUGAGAAUAUUGUUAUCGAUGAAAACCUUCAUGUAAAGCUAAUUGACUUUGGGGCUGCGCAAACAAUACCCUCUCAUCCUCGGGAUUAUUUUGAAAAGUUUCGUGGAACUGCCUACUCGAUACCCCCUGAAGGUAUUCGAGGAGAGGCAUUUAGAGGACCAGAAGUAGAUGUCUGGUGCACAGGCAUACUGCUCUACACCAUGUCCUUCUCCUGCUUUCCAUUUCGCACAACUGAAGAUAUCCUUACAGCGUCCUUUCGUCAUCCCCGAUUCAAGCGCAGUGCUGCAUUGAUAGAUCUCAUUCAUUGCAUGCUACAAGUGGAUGCAAAGAAACGAUACACUAUAGAGCAGGUUCUUCAUCACUCCUGGCUAACCACUCCUGAAAAGUAAACUGCAAGCAUUGCACUUUUUGCUGGGACUAUGAUCAUUCACGUCUUGAAGUCGUUCAGCACUUUCCCAGACCACUCCAUUCAAUAGCAUGUUCAAGAUUUAGGGCAGCAGUUCUAACUAUUCAACCCAUUUUUGCCUGCCAUGGGAAUUUCUUUUUACAUUCCAAUGGUUUCGAUUAGUCAUUGAUUUUUGGGUCAUUUAAACCAUUGUAUUUGCUUGCCGGUCUAAUAUUUGGAAUAUACCGGUGACUGUCAUACUCUGGUUGGCUAUCAAUGUUUAUAUCAUGAUUGAAAAUCAAGCGAUUAAAAAGUUUAUUUCAGU